AUUUAAGGACACCCAAGAGGGGAAGACACACUUUUGUUUGACUACCUGGUUCUUGAAAGAACCUAAAAUUAGGAACAGCCACACCAGCCAGAGACGACGGACACCGCACCGCCAUGGACACGCGGCGAGACAUCAAGCCCUUCUUGCCCUCGAUCGCCAGCCAGCGAGGCGUGCCCGGUUUUAGCAUCUGCCAGGCGGCGCCGACGCCGUUGGGGCGCAGCGCGCGAGUCGCGGCACCGCAGCAGGCCGCCUGCGUGCUGAAUCGAGCCUCGUCCGAGGUGCCGGAAGACGGCCGGAGUUGCGGCGGCGAGAGGGCCGCGCCCGAGGCCGUCACGAGCUGUCGUUCCGCUCCCGUCUCCUCCGUGCAGAUUAGCAGGAAGUUCUGGAGCGCCGGUGAUUACGAAGCGUCAAGCGGGAAGCCCGCGCAACCGCCUCGAAAUGUGGGAAAUCGCAUGUGCGUCCACCCCAAAUUCCUCCACUCGAAUGCGACCUCGCAUAAAUGGCCUUUCGGAGCCCUGGCAGAGUUACUCGAUAAUGCGGUCGACGAGAUAAAAACUGGUGCUACUAGAAUCGUGGUUGACAAAAUCGUUGACAAGCGGAACGGGUCGCCAGCUUUACUUGUUCAAGAUGACGGCGGAGGCAUGGAUCCUGACUCCAUUAGGUGUUGCAUGAGCUUUGGGUUUUCUGAUAAGCAAUCAGGAACUUCAAUUGGACAAUAUGGCAACGGAUUCAAGACUAGCACAAUGCGGCUAGGGGCAGAUGCUAUCGUCUUCAGUCGCUGCAUGAAGAGCAGCGGACCUACACAAUCAGUUGGUCUUCUCUCUUACACUUUCUUGGCGGAAACGGGUCAAAAGGAUGUCGUAGUUCCUGUGGUCGACUACAAGUACAAUUUAUUGACAGGGGAAGCUAUACCAGAUGGGCGACAUGGCGCACAUCAGUUCCGCUCAAAUCUUUCAGUGAUGUUAAAAUGGUCCCCUUUUGCAACAGAAGAAGAGCUUAUGGAAAACUUCAGUGACAUUGGUCCACAUGGCACAAAGAUUAUAGUGUUCAAUCUGUGGUCUAAUGACAAUGGUGUUCUCGAGCUCGAUUUUGACUCCAGGGAGGAAGAUAUUAUGAUUAGUGGUGCGCCAAAUCCGGCAGAAACAAAAAAUGAUGUCAAGAGAAUGAACGAAAACCAUAUGGCAAAUCAACUGCGCUAUUCUCUUAGGGUGUACACUUCUGUCUUAUAUUUGCAGUUGCCCGAGUACUUCAAGAUCGUUCUUCGGGGACAAGAAGUGAAGCGCCACAGCAUUGCCUCUGACCUCAUAUAUCGGCAAUGUAUUAGUUAUACGCCUCAACAACUCUUGAGAACAAAGGAGGGUGAGGUUCUUACGAGUAUCGGAUUCAUAAACGGUGCCCCAACAAUCAGUGUGCAUGGAUUUAAUAUCUACUACAGGAAUCGCCUUAUAUUGCCUUUUCAUCGAGUUUUGAGUUCCGCGAGUAGUAAAGGCAGAGCCAUCGUCGGGGUCCUAGAGGCGAACUUUAUCAAACCUACUCAUGACAAGCAGGACUUUGAGAAGUCGCAGCUCUAUCAGAAGCUGAUCACCCGCCUGAAAGAUAUGACAACUGAGUACUGGGAUUUGCACAGUCACCUGAUUGGAUACCAGAAAAUGCCCCGUGCAUCUUCUGUUUCCCUCACCCCUCCCGCAAUGCUUCCAGAACAACACAUCAUUGCUGAACCAUCCGGGAGCAAUGCGGUUUCUUCUGCUCUCUCGGUGGCGCAUGGGAGACACGGCACAAGCGAUAACCCCACAAGUGCUAUUCCUAUAGCUUUUGCUCGUCCUCAUCCAUCGGUGCCUGCCGGAACCAGAGUGCCCACAUCCUACUGCAUGCCAGGCACACAGAUUGUACAGACCGGCAUGACAAGUUCGCAUCAUAUGGCACCCAACACUGAUUUAGCAGAGACAAGAAAGAGGAAAAACGAGGACGCUAUUCAGAUGGAUUCAUGCAAGAGGCAGGCUGCACACAAUUUUGAGGGCAAUAAUCAGGUCUACCAAUAUAUGACAGAACGAGAUCUGAAUGAAUUUUCCCAUUUGAAGCUAGAGAAUGAACAGCUCCGCGAAGAGUAA